UCCUUUCAUUCCAGCCCAACUUUCAUAUCUGCAAGAGUUAGCGAGUUGCAAGCCGAGUCAACCCAGCGAGAAAAUGUCAGGAAGAGGAAAAGGUGGAAAAGGGCUUGGAAAGGGAGGCGCAAAACGCCAUAGGAAGGUGUUGAGAGACAACAUCCAAGGCAUUACGAAGCCAGCAAUUCGUCGUUUGGCUCGCAGAGGUGGUGUGAAGCGUAUCAGCGGCCUCAUCUAUGAAGAAACGAGGGGAGUGUUGAAGAUCUUCCUUGAAAAUGUCAUCCGUGAUGCUGUUACUUACACAGAGCAUGCUAGGAGGAAGACGGUGACGGCUAUGGAUGUUGUUUAUGCUCUUAAGAGGCAGGGCAGGACCCUCUAUGGUUUUGGUGGUUAGAGAGUCCUUGUAGAUUUCUAUUCCCCUUGUUGGAUUUUGGUGUUUGUUUUCAGAUUCAACUCCUUUUCUGGGUUUUGUGUAUGAUGGGUAUUAGCAAAGAUUAUAUGCAUGGUAGGUGUUUGUUUUUUGCCUAAUGAAAUGCUUUUUUAUUGUCUA